UUCUUGUCUAUCAAUCCAAUGGCACUAAAUACAUACAUUUAAAAUAAGUUAAAAACAAACCAGUUCUGAAACAAACCAAAUUAAAGUGAUUAAUCUUAUUAGUGAUAAGAACUGGCGAAAUAAACUAAGAGGUUUAAGAAAAGCACAGACAAUAUUUCAGUUUUCACUCAAUUUCCAAUGGAGUCCUUGGACCAGCAACUUAAAGAGCUGUCUUUUUUAAAAGACGAACCACCAAAUAGCUCCGCUCCUGCUUGUAUUGGACAAGUUAAAGUAGCAGAGUUAGUCAACCAGAUACGCCAGAAGCAAAGUGAAUCUUUUCAUAGGAGGAUGGACGUACCUCCUAAGCCACCGAAGAAAUAUAAUGAACUGCCUCAGGUACCAUCAAGUAAGCAGGUUUCUUGUUCGCGAGAACCGCUAUAUUCACAACCACUAAUUGGAAUCGAUAAAACAAUAAGUGGGGCCAUGCCCCUUAGAAAACACGCCAAUUCUAAUUGCGGACUGGCUGAGAUCCCAAUAAACAGAAAAACCACAUUAGACAAUCCGGCUAUACUGGAACAGCAAUUAGAAGCCCUGGCCUACCACAAACUUCAAAUGGAAAAAAAAGGUCUUUUAGGAGUCCAAAUCCAACCAUCACAAUCUAUCAACAGCUUUCCGGAGCCGCAAUCAAACUCAUUGAGGAAAAGCUCGAUAUAUGGCAAUAUAAAUUUAGAAAAAUCUGAACUAUUAUCGAAGGAAACAGGCGUUUCUGCAAAUACGUAUUCAAAUGUUCAUGAAGCUGGUUUGCCACAUAAGAUGCUCUCGGUCUGCACAAAUUUGUUAUCAGACAACGAAACAGAGGAUGACGUGCCACCACCUCCUAGUCCAGAGAGCGCUGUGAGCUCUUCAUAUAGCGAGCUUCGGCGAGCCUCCACCGCCUUUAACAAGCCAUUGGAUUCUUUGCAAAAUAAACAGAAAUUAAAUCCUUCAUUACAAAUAUAUGCAAACCAAUAUGCGCUGCAACAUGGUGCCAUAAUGAAGAAUCUCCAGUCCAAAACGAAUCCAAACUUGUAUUGCUACGGUGGGCUAUCACAGAGUUCUUCUACAUAUGAUUCAAUAUAUGAACCUAUAAACCCUCGACCUUCUGGAGACCUGUUGCAUCGGGAAAGUUGUAAUCUGUACGGUUCAUACGUCAAUGAUAAUAAUAUUCCAAGCAUUUCCUGUGACCCAAAUAUAUCGACUUCACAUGAAGCUAGCCAUUCGUUAUACGCGCAUGAUAAUGGUCGAACUAAAUGUUAUAUGGAGAACACUAUUCAUAAAAAUAAUGACGAGGGAAUGAAUAACUAUAUUCCAAUAGCCCCUGAUCCAGUGCAAGAGUUUGAAAACUACGGUAGGUGUGUUAAAUGCAAUUCACGUGUACUUGGAGAGAGUAGUGGGUGUACAGCAAUGGAUCAAAUAUACCAUAUAUCUUGCUUUACAUGCACAGACUGCCAAAUAAACUUACAGGGAAAACCAUUUUAUGCAUUAGACGGCAAACCAUAUUGCGAAUAUGAUUAUUUACAAACACUGGAAAAAUGUUCGGUUUGCAUGAAGCCCAUUUUGGAGAGAAUUCUCAGAGCAACCGGAAAGCCAUACCAUCCGCAAUGUUUUACAUGUGUCGUAUGUGGAAAAAGCUUAGAUGGUAAAUUAUUUACAGUGGACGCUACUAAUCAAAACUAUUGUAUUACAGAUUUUCAUAAAAAAUUUGCUCCUCGCUGUUGUGUGUGUAAACAACCAAUUAUGCCAGAUCCCGGACAAGAAGAAACGGUCAGAGUUGUGGCCUUAGAUCGAAGCUUUCACCUAGAGUGUUAUAAGUGCGAGGACUGUGGGCUAUUACUGUCAUCUGAAGCUGAAGGUCGCGGAUGUUAUCCCCUAGAUGAUCACGUUCUAUGUAAGAGCUGCAAUGCCCAACGUGUUCAGGCUUUGACAAAACGCAUGACAUCGGAACAUUAAAUAGAGUAAAAUCGUAUUAUCGAGUGAACGAAAAUAUGUUUUUUUUAUAUAUUUAAUAAUAUGCACUUAUUCGAUAAGCAGUAGGCAACUAGAGUGGAAAAUUCGCAAAUGCAACUAGAGUGGAAAAUUGCAUAGGAAUCAACCAGCGCAUAGUAAACCGAAUAAUUACCUAUUACUAACCACACAUCAUACAAUAUAUAUAUAAUAUUAACUGGAACAUCACUCUAAAGUCUGUAUUAAUUGCCAAUAUUUCAAUAUCUGCUGAUAUUGCAAAGCCUAAUAUGCCGACAUAAGUUUUAUUAGUUUAACAUAAAUUGGACUUGUCUUAGAACUGAGAAAAAAAAAUUACAUUGAUAUGUACUUAUCCGAAGAACACAACUGCACAACUGCAUAGUACUCAUCCAGCACACCGUAAAGCUUAAAAAUUACCUAUUACUAACCACACUUCAUACAAUAUUAAGGGAACACCAUUAAAGAUUUAUAGAAACUUUGGAACUUU